AUGGUCUACGGCAGCCGGGCCAUCCGCGUCGCGCCGCGGGUGAGCAACUUGGAGGAACGGGACGCGAGUCACCCAGCGCCGCACCUCGCGCACGUGCCCGUCGUGCGGCGGACGCGGCUCGUCGCGUUCGGUUUCGUGCUGAGCUGCCUCUGGAACCUCCUGUCGCCCUUCAAGACGUGGGCCAUCACGACCUACGGCUUUCUCUCGUACGCGACGACGCGCACCGAACUGCUCGAGUGGAACACGGUGCUCAACGGCCGGUUCCUCACGCAGCUCUACGCCUCUGCUGGCAUUCCGCUUGCGUCGCCCUUGGCCGCCGAGCGGUACAUCAACGUGGCCCUCGACUUUCUCGUGCUGCCGCGAUCGCACUUUGUUUGGGCCGCGUCGCCCAUCAUCGACGAGGGUCCGUUUCUUCGCAGCACGCUGACCGCGCCGCCCGCCACCCUCGCGCUUCCUACGACGAACUACUACGUCGCCCCGGUCCUCCACAACUGCCGCCUCGCGGGCGUCACGGAAGCCGUGCUCUGUCUCCGAGGCGAGAAUGCGUCCGCAGACCUCAACGCCACGUAUCCGUACCUCUCCACCUGUCUCACGCGACGACAGACACUGUUGGCCACGGGCGGCAGCCUCAUCGAGCUCGCGUCGGCGCUCGCGACCGAGUUCGACCUCGAUGGCACGCACGUGGCCGGCUCCUCGCUGCUCUUCGCACCCGUGACCUUUAUGGACGGCUUUCUAUCGCUCUCGGGCGAGCCGUCGGGCCUCGCGACGUACCGCAUUUACGGCCGACGUCCGCGUUCCAACAGUCGACUCACCGUGACGCGAAUUGCGUCGACACGAGCGCCGCAGCGUUUCUCGGGGAUGCACGAGUAUCAUCUGGACAAUGCCGACUUUACGCAAGUCGCCGCACCCCAUGGGUUUGCGUACACGUCGAGGAAGCAAGCGGCGCUCGCCGACGUCGAGUACGUAUCGCGCGGCAACCUCUCGGCGUGGAACGGCCUCUUCAAGCAACUGGUCGCGACGGUCAACAACGCGCCGAUCGUCGUCUCGGAUGCGCUCGAAGAGCUCUGCCUCGUCGGCGACGGCUGCUUCAACGUCUGCAUGAACGAAACCGCGAGUGGCGGCACGACGCUCACCUACAUGCGCAGCGGCGUGUGCGUCUCGGCCGUCGACAAGGUCGCGCACGGGCUGCUUGAUGUCUUUGUCGAUCUCAAGUGCUUUGGGCUCGGCACGGGCGCCUCCAGCGUCAAAGUGACGUACCUCUCGGCGGAUGGCGUCCGUCGCACGGCGAUUGCCAAUCAGACGGCGAGUCCGGUCGCGAUCCUCGCGUGCUUUGUCGGGGGCCGCGCGCCGCAGUCGGACUACCCGUCGCACGUCAUGGACAUGCUCUCGCAGGGCACGCAGGCGGCAAUCGUCGUCACGUACUCGAACGGGGACGAGGCCAUGAUCCUCAACUUCAUCGCGCUCCUCUCGCUCGUCGGGUAUGGGUACUAUGGCGUUUGUAUCUGCCUCUAUCUGCGACGGCUGCGAAGCUGGCUCGCGGAAACCACCGCCAAGAACACGGAGCCGCAGCGGCGCUACAGCGUCGCGAACGCCAACAUCAGCUGCAUUAUCUGGAUGCACCACCGGACGUCGAUGAAGUUUGUGGGCUUCGUGAGCUUUCUCGCGUGGCACAUCGACGCCGCCAAGAUUCGCUGCGCGUGGGCCGCUGCGAUCGACGAGAUGGCGACCGACGCCACGUACAGCUGCAGCGUCGACAGCCUCGGGCACCUCGACGGCGUCGUUAGCCUUGCGUCCUUUGCGUGGAUCUUCUUCGCCCUCGUCUACAUGGACCUGCUGCCCGGCGUCACGAUUCAAACGCGUGGGUAUCUUGUGACGACGCUGCUUCUGGGCGCGCUCCCCCUCUCGCUACUCUCAUUUCUGAUAGCCGAGCUCUGCAAGCUCCGACGGACGCUGCCCGGUUUCUCGAUGGUGCACGAAUAUCUCUUUCUGGCGCUGUUGUGGGGCGCGGUCAUGGCGCUCCUGCGCACGUCCGUGCUUUUAGCACCGGCGUUAAGGCUGCUGGAGGCUGCGUUGCGGAUCGUUGGCGUCCGUCGACAGGCCAUUGACCCCGAGAGCGCGUGGGCGGGUGUCAUCGGACAUAGCUACUGGGUCGACACCAGUGGGUACCGCCCGUCGCCCGUGUCGUACGUGCCGCUGAGUCUCCUCCUAGAGACACCGCACAUGGACUGGGUCGCGUACCAGUGCGAGUACGUGGUGUUUCUCGUCCUCUAUUUGGUGCCGCCUGUCCUUCGUACUGCGAUGUCCUCAAGCGCGUCGGCGCCAGAAGCCCUUGCGGUCCCAUAA